GCAGCUGAAGGGUUAGCCCGGCGUCACAAGACAGAGGGCAGCGCCAGGAGGUAAACAUUAACCACACUGCUGCUUUUACGUGUCCAAAUAAGUUUUUCGUUGACAGAGAACAUGGCGACGACUGUGUGGUCCAAAGGACAGAUGUUGUUCGGGUAUUCCUCGAGGCUGCACCGAGCAACCAGGAGGUUUUCGGAGAGUGAAGACAAAGGCUGGUUCCGUUCUGUAUUUGCGCACAAACUGGAUGCCAGGAAAGAUGCCCACUCCAACCUGUUGUCAAAGAAAGAGACCAGCAGCCUGUAUAAAAUUCAAUUUCACAACGUCAAACCAGAGUGCAUGGAAGCAUACAACAGUCUAGAGGCUGAGGUGCAAACCAGGCUCCAUCUGGACCAGGAUUACCCAUGUGAGGUGGUCGGAAGCUGGAAUACCUGGUAUGGAGAACAGGACCAAGCAGUGCAUCUAUGGCGAUACAGAGGAGGAUACCCGGCCUUGACUGAAUGCCUGAAGAAGCUGAACAAUGACAAGGCGUAUUUCGAGUUUCGCAAAGAGAGGGCAAAAAUGUUGAUUUCAAGGCGAAAUCAGCUCCUCUUGGAGUUCAGUUUCUGGAAUGAACCCGUGCCCAGACCAGGACCAAACAUCUAUGAAAUGCGAACAUAUUUUCUCAAGCCAGGAACCAUGAUUGAAUGGGGAAACCACUGGGCGAGGGCAAUUAUGCACAGACAGGAAAACAACGAAGCAAUCGGCGGCUUCUUCUCACAGAUCGGGGACCUAUAUGUUGUUCAUCAUUUGUGGGCGUAUGAAAGCCUCCAGUCCCGAGAGGACACCAGAAAGUCUGCCUGGCUGAAGGACGGAUGGGAUGCAAAUGUGUAUUAUACAGUGCCAUUGAUCAGAAGCAUGGAGUCUAGGAUAAUGAUCCCCACCAAAAGUUCACCCUUACAAUAAGAAGAUGGUGGAACCUGGGAGCAUGAACUACAUCUCAUUCACCUACUGCCAGAGCAAAAUGUAAUAAUAAUAAUACAUUUUAUUUAUCAGGUGCUCAAUUUGUCAGAUUGUUUUCAUCUGCUGGAUGAUCUGUAUUAAGUUCAAGUAUGUAAAUUGAUUCAAUAAUUGCACAGCAGCCAGCCAGUUAUGCAAAUUAAUGGUGAAGAGUAGACUUUGAGGAUCCUGAAAAUUCAAGAAGUUUAGGUAAAAUAGUAAAAAAAAAAUAGGAUGAAUAAUGGUAAUGGGCGUGUAUUUGUAUUUCACAAUAGUCUCCACCCAGGCUUUUAUGAUUGCACUUUUAUGACUGGAAAUGAAUCAUAGUGAAUGAGAUCACAAUGAGCUUCACAGCUGUUUGAUUGAAAAUAAAACUUGUCGAACCUCA